GGAGAAUUUUUCAUUCAUGUCGCACGGCGCACACUAAAUAAUCCCCAUUUUUGUCAGCUAACAAAACUUUAACUAGAACCAAACGACAACGUUUAAGUAUAUUUUUAAGUUAGUGACGACGACAAUAGAAGGAAGUAAUUAUCCAAAAAAGGAUCAAGGAAUCAUCCUCCACUAGAUCCAGAGAUUACACUUGAAUCUUUUUAAAUUGGAAAUAAAAGUCUAAAAAACCUGAAAAAAAAUAAAAUACCACACAAACUCCCAUAAAUCAUGUCUAACCUGAAGAGAUUCGAUGACGAGGAGAAGGAGGACACAUACGGACGUGUCUAUGCUGUAUCUGGUCCAGUUGUUACAGCAGAAUGUAUGUCUGGAUCUGCUAUGUACGAAUUGGUGCGAGUUGGCUACUAUGAACUUGUGGGAGAGAUUAUUCGUCUCGAAGGUGACAUGGCCACGAUUCAAGUCUACGAAGAAACAUCCGGAGUGACUGUUGGAGAUCCUGUUCUUCGAACUGGCAAACCAUUGUCUGUUGAAUUGGGUCCUGGUAUUAUGAGCAGCAUUUUCGAUGGUAUCCAGCGACCAUUGAAGGACAUCAAUGAGCUCACCUCAUCCAUUUACAUCCCAAAGGGUGUGAAUGUGCCAUCGUUGUCACGCACCCACUCGUGGGAUUUUAAUCCAUUAAACGUUAAGGUCGGAGCACACAUCACAGGUGGAGAUUUGUAUGGAAUGGUGCAUGAGAAUUCGUUGGUCAAGCACAAAAUGAUUGUACCACCACGUGCUAGAGGAACAGUACGUUAUAUUGCCCCAGCUGGCAACUACACAGUUGAGGAUGUGGUUCUGGAAACAGAGUUCGACGGGGAAAUCAGCAAGCACACUAUGUUGCAAGUUUGGCCAGUGCGUCAGCCACGUCCAGUUACAGAGAAAUUGCCAGCCAAUCAUCCCCUGUUGACAGGACAACGUGUUUUGGAUUCAUUGUUCCCGUGUGUUCAAGGUGGUACCACCGCUAUCCCUGGGGCUUUCGGUUGUGGUAAGACUGUCAUCUCGCAGGCUCUCUCCAAGUACUCCAACUCUGAUGUCAUCAUCUAUGUUGGUUGCGGAGAACGCGGUAAUGAGAUGUCUGAAGUACUUCGUGACUUCCCCGAAUUGUCGGUUGAGAUUGAUGGUGUCACUGAGUCCAUUAUGAAGCGUACCGCUUUGGUGGCCAACACCUCCAACAUGCCUGUGGCUGCUCGUGAGGCUUCCAUCUACACUGGUAUCACCCUCUCCGAAUACUUCCGUGAUAUGGGUUACAACGUCUCCAUGAUGGCUGAUUCGACCUCUCGUUGGGCUGAGGCGCUUCGUGAAAUCUCUGGUCGUCUCGCUGAAAUGCCUGCCGAUUCCGGCUACCCAGCCUACUUGGGUGCCCGUUUGGCCUCCUUCUACGAACGUGCCGGACGCGUUAAGUGCUUGGGUAACCCCGAACGUGAGGGCUCCGUGUCCAUUGUCGGUGCUGUAUCACCUCCUGGUGGUGAUUUCUCCGAUCCCGUCACAUCGGCCACCCUUGGUAUUGUCCAAGUGUUCUGGGGUUUGGACAAGAAACUAGCCCAACGCAAACAUUUCCCCUCCAUCAACUGGCUCAUCUCAUACAGCAAAUACACUCGUGCUCUGGACGACUUCUACGACAAGAACUUCCCCGAAUUCGUGCCUCUCCGAACCAAAGUCAAGGAGAUCAUGCAAGAGGAAGAGGAUCUAUCCGAAAUUGUGCAACUGGUCGGUAAGGCUUCUCUGGCCGAAACCGAUAAAAUCACACUCGAAGUAGCUAAAUUACUGAAGGAUGAUUUCCUGCAACAGAACUCCUAUUCGUCGUACGAUCGUUUCUGUCCGUUCUACAAGACCGUGGGUAUGUUAAGAAAUAUGAUUGCCUUCUACGAUAUGGCUCGUCAUUCAGUGGAAUCAACAGCCCAAUCAGAGAAUAAAAUCACGUGGAAUUUAAUUAGGGAAUCAAUGGGCAAUAUCAUGUACCAGCUCUCUUCAAUGAAGUUCAAGGAUCCAGUUAAGGAUGGUGAAGCUAAAAUCAAAGCGGACUUCGACCAACUUCACGAAGAUCUACAACAAGCUUUCAGGAAUUUGGAAGAUUAAGCUCUCUAGCCGCGACGCAGCUCUCUAACCAUCCCAGUUUACGUUAAUCGUUACUUAGUUUUAAUUGAAAAACCAAAAAAACAAACAAAAAUCUCUCUACCAUUAAUACAAAUAAUUGUUCAUUUAACAAAACAACAAAAAUGAAUGAGCCCAUUAAAUCCCUACCUACCUAUCUAGACAAAGCCAUAUAUAAACAAAUACUGCAGCUGUAUGUAAUAACUAUUUUAUGUGUAAAUUUUAAGAUGUUUUACAAUAAUAUAAAAUAAAACAAAAACAAAAACAAAAAAAUAGAAAAUACAAAUUGAAGAAUCCUCAUCAACGACACGACGCGACGUGAAAUAAAAAGGAAGACGAAACAAUAAUAUGGUAACACUAAAGAUGUAAAAAUAAAAUGAAUGAAAUUAUAAAUAUCUACAAUUUACAUACAUAUAAAUACAUAGUAUAUCAAAAAUUUGAUCGUUUUAAACGUAAAAUUAAUCAUAAUAUGAGUAAUAUGUAUAAUUUAAAAAUUGCAUUCUUCUUCGAUUGAGAUUAGUUUUGUUCUAUAGUUGUUGUUGUUGUUACCGACACGUGCUUGGAAAUAAAUAAUAAUAAUUUAAAUUAUUUAAUUUUAUUUUGUUUGUUGUAAAGUAUUAUUGUAAAAAAUAAAACUAUUAAAUUAUUAUCUA